AUUUUAAUUUCAUGUCUUUUUGGACAGUAUAUAUAUUACAAUUUCAUGCAUAAACAUACACUAUACGGAGUAUAAAUAAGUCCGGCCUGAUAUCCCAUUAUUAUACUCCGUAUUAUUCAUCAUCCACCUGGCCUGGCCUGGCCUUUUAAUUUAAACAAAGUUACGUCCGGCCAUAUAUUUAUAUCAUUCUAGCUUUAAUAUAUAAUUACAUCUAUCUAGCUAGCUAUCUCAUCUGUUGAGACGUACGUUCCUUGAUACAUGCAGUACAUGCAAUUAUAUUAAUUAAUAAACUCGCCAUUGCAUGCAGGCUCGUACGUAAUGGCAUCCGAAAUGAAUCGCUACUCGUUGCCGAUUGGCCUCAUGAUAUUGUUGGCAAUUAUAAGUAGUGGGGUUUCCUGCAGCCGAGUUUUGGUCGUUGACCGCUCUGAUGGUGAGAAGUCGCCGCCGUCGUCCACGCGGCGGCGAGCUCAAUAUGAGCAAUGGAUGAGCCUUCAUGGCAAGAGUUACAGGGACGCCAGUGAAGAAGAGGAGCGCUAUCACAUUUUCCAACAAAACGUGAAUCGAAUCGAGGCAUUUAAUGCCGCCAAGCAGCAGCAGCAGCGCGGCGGUUACCAGCUCGGCCUUAACAAAUUUGCAGACUUGACCAACCACGAGUUCCGCACCAUGCAUGCCGCUGGUUACAACUCCAAAGUGUCCGCCGCCGUCGCGCCGCCCCCCAAUCAUUUUAAGUACCAAAAUGUUACGGAGGUACCCCAAGCCUUGGACUGGAGGGCACAAGGUGCAGUAACACCCGUCAAAGAGCAACUUCAAUGUGGUUGUUGUUGGGCAUUUUCUGCGGUGGCAGCCGUGGAGGGUCUCAACAAGAUAAAAACAGGUGAGCUGGUAUCGCUGUCAGAACAAGAGCUCCUCGACUGCAACGGGGAUGACAUGAGUUGCGACGGCGGCCUCAUGGAAAAAGCGUUCAACUUCAUCGUGAACAACAACAAUGGCCUCACUGCCGAGUCCAUUUAUCCCUACACUGCGCUACAGAGUGCCAGCUGCGGCAGUGGGCACACCGGCGGUGUCAGGAUCUCCGGGUACGAGAGCGUCCCCGUUGAAGACGAGAUUGCACUCUUGAAGGCGGUGGCGAAUCAGCCGGUGUCUGUGGGCAUAAACGGCGGCACAGAUGCCUUCCAAUUCUACUCGGGAGGAAUCUUUGACGACAUGGAUUGCGGACCCACCCUGAACCACGCCGUCACGGUGGUCGGGUAUGGCAGUGAUGAGGAGGCGGGGGCAAGUUAUUGGAUAGUG